GCACGUGACCUAGCCUUUGAACUCUGAAAGGUCUCAAGCAAAUUAUUCAUUUUGUAAUUACACGAACGAAUCGAUUAUGCUUGCUAAGCAUUAGAAUGCGGUUCAAACGUAUUAUUAUUGAAUAUUUAGAACUAUAUUAAGUGGUGCAAUAGCGACACUUUAUGACAUUUAAUCAACUCGGGGCUCUUCUUCGUAUUCAAAGAAAUCUCAUAAACAUUCAAAUACAUCGUUCUCAAGAUCACCGCGUUGCUCGACCUAUUUCCAAUAUGGCCGACCAAAAUGGCCCUAUCACUUUCAAUUCUCGAUCAAAGGCUCCUUAUAAUCAAUUAUCGAAUUUCUACGAGGCGAAAAUUGAAAUGCCCGAAGGAGUGUUCGCCUCGGUCGAACAUUAUUUUCACGCGACGAAGUUUAUCGAUAAAGAUCAUCCAAGAUUUGAAAUUCAUGGAGAUCUCGGCGAGCAAAGUCACGAGUCUGGCAGUUGGAAGCCAAGUGUCUCCAAAGGACGAUUUAUCAAGUCCGCAGGUGGGAAGGAUGGUACCAAGAAAUAUGCAUUGACGUUGCGAACUGGUGGACUGGAACGAAUGUGGGCAAAACAGAAAAUGAAAGAAGGUUUGCGAAAGAAAUUCAAAGCCGAGCCAUUCAGGGAGUUACUUUUGAAAACGGGCAGACGCGUGUUGGUGCACACACCCAUGAGGGGGAAAACAGAUUUCUGGAGUGGAAGAGUGGACAAGAAAGAUGGACAAAAAAUCGUAGGAGAAAAUAAUAUGGGGAAAUUAUUGAUGGAAGUACGGGAGGAGUUGAAUGAAAUAUGAAGCAG